UCUUCUUUAAACAGUUAACUUACAUAAUAUAUUGUAUAAUAGUUAUUUCGCAAUUUUCAGAGUACAAAAUGAUUAUAAAUAAAAUUUAAUGUUAGGCGACUGAGACAGGUUAGAUAGAUAUUUGUAUUUACCAACAUAGGAUACUUCAGUGCGAUAUCAUUAGUUUGAAAAUUUUGGAUAGUCUUCUUGAGAAUGUUGGAUACAUUGAAAAUAUUCAGGAAGACAAUAUGAUCAAAUCUUUAAGGUUAUUAAGAUUAAGGUGGGCUUGUAAAUUCAGCCAUAAGUCGUGCAGGAAAACAGCCUCUAUUAUACUGACUUUUCUCAUCAAACAUCUCGCUACAGUUCGACCGUGGUGGAAGGAAUGGGUACAUUGUGCAGGUUUGAUGGAAGUAGAUCUACAGGUUUGGCGUCAGUUUUUAGAUACCCAUUCUGGCAACAAUACUCAAGAGCAUUUAACGUAUUUGGCAUGCGCUGAAAAUGAACAUGUACUCAUUGCUUACUUGGAAUUUUUAUGGAAAUUAAAAUAUGAGGACUUAAAGAUAUCAAACCACGAUGGUACAGAUCUAGAAAGGUCAUAUGAGAUUAUUAUGACAGCAUAUCGUUCAUUUGUAAAGAAGCAUGCAAGGAAGAAUGAUGUGCUAAUUCAUAUCUUAAGGAAUUAUAAUAAAUUACCGUCGACUAUUUUGGGUAGUAAGUCUCCAGUUGCAGUAUUGGGUAUCACUAUUAUGGAAUUAUAUUUUGAGUAUAAUUUUAAAGAAGUGUCAGCAUUUGUAAAAUCAACCCGAUAUUUAACAGAGAAAGAGAAAAAUGAAAUUGAAAUUUUCGUUAAGCAACGGAAGAUACAAUUAGAGAAAAUAUCCUACUAUUUCCGAAAGUUUGAGAGAGAAUUAAAUUCGUUUCUUUGAUUAGGUAUUAGAAUCGACAAAUAAAUUAAAGACGUAUCGAAUAAUUAUGUAAUCGAACGUAUAAUAUUAAUAUACUAAUCAUCAGUAUUAUGUAUUAGCAUCUAGUAUAAUAUCUGUUAUUGUAAAUAAGAUUAGAUCCGAUUUAAUAGUAGAUGUUAUAUUUAAUAAAAUAAUAGAGACAUUUGCUUUGAUGUUAUUAUAAUUACUUAAAAUAUAUUAAUUUAUGUCAUAAAUAAUAAAUAAUGGUACACUUGGUGGUACACUUUGA